CAUCAUCCAGAUCUUCAUCUUGUUGGAUGGAACAAUGUCAAAAUUGAUUUAUGGACACAUGCUGUUGGUGGACUUACAGAAAAUGAUUUCUUACUUGCUGCUAAGAUUGACGGGCUUCGCGUGCAACAUCUUCUGGGUAGAAAUGCUACCUACUGACUACAUUGACCAUUCUCCUAACAUAUCACCAUUCUGAAGUGAAUAAUGCUGAUGGGCCCUACCACUAGCCAAAGCACAUUAUAAUCCUGCUUUCUCUCUUCUUUCCACCAAAUUCCACUCAUUUUGCUUUCUUAUCAUGACAUCCACUAUAAGCUUUUAUUUAUUUUCUUUUAUUUUAUUUAUUUAUUUUUUUCUUCUUUUUCUUCUCCUUUAUUUAUUUCUUUAACACCUUUCCCACCACCACCCCAACCUUCUCUUAUUCUUGUCGGGGCUCACCCCGUUCACCAUUUUACAUCACAAAAAAAAAAAAAAA